AUGUCUACCGAGCAUUUAUCUGAUAGCUGUCUUUUCUGUAAAAUCAUCAAGGGUGAUAUCCCAUCCUGCAAGAUCAUCGAGACAGAAAAGAGUUACUCUUUCCUCGAUAUUAAUCCUUUGAGCGAAGGUCAUGCUCUCGUUAUUCCCAAAUAUCACGCAGAGUUCUUUCAUCAAGUUCCUGACGAUAUUCUCGCUGACAUGUUGCCUGUAGCUAAAAAGGUAGCUCUUGCUAUUGGCUUGGCUGAUGGUCAAUACAACUUGCUGCAGAACAACGGCCGUAUGGCUCAUCAGGAAGUUCCUCAUGUUCAUUUCCACAUUAUCCCUAAGCCUAACCCAGAGCAAGGCCUUAUCGUCGGAUGGCCUCAACUCAAGGAUGUCUCUCAAGAUCAGCUCAAAAACACAUUGGGCCGUAUCAAGGAAAAAUUGUAA